CAAACGCACAGUUACAAUCUGAGAGUGAUCGUGUACGGUUAUUACCACUAAUUCUAGCUCUACGAUUCUUAUAUUUCCGUGUGUUAAGGAAGACACAUUUGUAGUCACAAUGUCGCGUUCUUUUCUAAUGGAUUCUCUGCUGAGCGAUGUACCGCUAACGAAAAAAGAUACUUUAGGUUCUCCAACUGCCCCACCGUAUGUAUCUGGGGAAUCAAAAUCACCAACUAUGGGUGCGGCAGCAGCUGCGGCGGCUGCAGCGGCAGCGGCCAUAUUACCUGGUAUUCCUAUGUUCCCAUAUCCUGCCAGUUACGUGGGCAGCUACCUAUUUUCCUUGGGUAUCCAACAGCAGCAACAACAUCAAAGGAAACAACAAGAAGUGGCGGCAGCAGUUGCAGCAGCAACCUCCUCGCACUCCAGCUCCCAUGCUUCAACAACGCAUUCGCCACUCUUACAUUCGUACACCGCAUCGCUUCUAUCGCAGAAAAGAAAAUCUCUGGGCUUUGACCAUUACUCCAGUAACACCCGAUUGCCUUACAAUAACCAUAUAUUGGCCAACAGUGAUACCUUCUGCACAUCUCCUUCAUCAUCUUCUACGGGAUCAACAACUGAAUAUGGAAGUUAUGGUGAUGAAACGCCGUCGGCAAAACGUUGCAAGCAAGACUCCGCUUCAUGUUCGCCCGUCAGUUCUCCUAACAAAGCCUGCAUUACUCAACCAAUACAAAUCGUUAACGCUCGUUCGAGUAAUCAGUGUUCGGUGUCUACGACUUCCAAGAUAUCAUACUCAAACUCCAGCACCUCCGUCACAUCGUGUGGACAUAGUAUGCCAGUGGAUAUCACACCAGUGAUUACCGAUUACGCGGACUCUAGUAAACGUAUACGAACCGCCUUCACUAGCACUCAGCUGCUCGAGCUCGAGCGUGAAUUCUCCCUGAAUGCAUAUUUGUCACGGUUGCGACGCAUUGAAAUCGCCAAUCGAUUACGUCUAUCUGAGAAACAAGUAAAGAUUUGGUUCCAAAAUCGUCGAGUAAAGCAAAAGAAAGGAUCGGAAAGUCCCACAUUCAACUUUUCUGCGGGCAGCAUGAGCCCCACCUCGUCAUCUUACGACAAGCAGUCACAAAGUCCUGCUACGUCACCAAACCGCACGAGCCAACAAUGCUGUUGUGCGAAGAAUUUGAAAGUAGAACCGAGGCAGGACCAGGAUUCUCCCACUUACUGUGGCAACCAAUCCUGUGGACAAGUAGAAAUUUAAGUACAAUAUUUAUUAGAUUAAGCGCAAAGUCCCGGUGUAGAUUGUAAAUAUCCUGUUGAUAGUUAUAGCAGUGUUAAGAAAUUUGUAAAUUAAUCAUAUGUUUAAAGAAAAUUUUAAAACAUUAAAACAAGAAAUUUGAAAAUCAAUAUUACUUUCUUUACAUUUAAGCGGGCAUAACAAAUUAAUAUACACUUUUUCUUGAACAAGGAGAUCGAUCCUCAUUACAAAUCAGAGUUCUGUGAGAGAUUUACCAUUUGCUUUAACAAUUCACUCAAUGUUAUAGAUGCUCGUCCCUCUUGGAUUUUGUCAGCAGCAGAUUGUCCUUUGAAAGUUAAGCU